UCCCCUGCUUCCCGCUGAUCCUCAGCUCCAGUCUUGCCUGCUGCGGCUGCUGGUCUUCAUCCCGGCUGAUCAAAAACUGCAUGUAAGUAACAGGACGCCUUUGAGGAUGGACGGCGACAGGAGUCACAUGACUGAGGAUAUUUUAAAUCUCACCCUUGAGAUCAUCUACCUGCUGACUGAAGAGGAAUAUAUUGUCGUAAAGAAAAUGAAAAAACACGUUGCACAUGCUGUCAGGCUCUCAGAAGAAUUCAGUCCUAUCACGGAGCCUCCACUUCACUCCAGGAUACAUGAGAGAGACAAUGAGCAGAAGAUUCUGGAACUCACCAACAAGAUUAUUCAGCUGCUGACUGGAGAGGUUCCUAUAAGGUGUCAGGAUGUCGCUGUCUAUCUCUCCAUGGAAGAGUGGGAGUAUAUAGAGGAACACAAAGAUCUGUAUGAUGACAUCAUGACUGAGAAUACCAAAGCCUGCGGAUCAAUGGGUGAGAGAAUAUUUAGUGGAUUCCAAAAUACACCGGAUGGACUUCAACCAGCCUGCCUUGCACCAGACAGUGGGGAAAAAGAGAUUAUUUGUAUUGAAGAUGAUGAAGUUGGUUUAUAUCAGAGAACAAAUAACAAAACUGAAAAAGAGGGAAAGUCGGUCUGCAACAAAAUGGCUUCCCCCCAAAGCAAUCCCAUUGACCUCCUCACACAUGCGGCACAAAGUGGAUCGGUUUUAAAUAAAGAAUCCGCUUUCUGUGAGGAGGUGAAGAUCAUAAAAUCAAAUGUGUACACCCCUGCUCAGCAUACACAGGCAAAACAUCCAUCUUUUGGGACCAAAAUGGGACCUAAUGUCUCGUGUGACAAAAACGCUUCCACAGACCUGGUCACACCUGCUCCUGCCAAACAUACACAGACAGAAAGUGGAUCUACUCCUAUAAAGGAAGAAUACGCCUCAUGUGGUGACGGACAUUAUACACACUCUGAUAUGUGUACUCAUGUGGAAAUUACAGACGCCGAGCCUGUAGAUAACACAGAGGACAGUAAUGAGCUGAUAGCUAACAUUCUGUCAGUAAUGAUAUGCAGUGAAUGUGGCUUAUGCUUCACUCUUGAUUCAGAUGAGACCUAUCCUGACAGAAGAGUGCUGUGUCAGAAAUGUUCCGCCCGUGGCUCCAAUCCUGUUAGGCGUGGGUCACAUGACAGAGAAAAAUGGACGCCCGCUUCUGCUUACCCCGGAAGAGAUGCCGCUCAGAUUACAGGCGUCCAGCCUCAGCUGUCUCCCACAGGCCAGAAUGAUUAUGGAAAGUGCUUUGACUCAGGGAUAGACUUCGAUAACCCUCAGAGGUGGACUUUCGAAAAGUUCUCGGGUUCAUACCCAGAAUUUGGAGAACAAAUGGCAACACAAAAAUACCUUGACAGUCUUCAGGGUAUUCCUAUAGGGGAGAGGCCAUUUUCCUGCCCCGAUUGUGGGAAAUGUUUUACCUCACAUUCACACCUUGCUAGGCACCAGAGAACGCACACCGGGGAGAGGCCAUAUUCCUGCUCUGAGUGCGGGAAGUGCUUUAUACGGCAGUCUCAUGUUGUCAGACAUAGGAGAAUUCACACCGGAGAGAAACCAUUUUGCUGCCCUCAGUGCGGGAAAUGCUUCACAAGAAAACCGAACUUCCUUCACCAUCAGCUGAUACACACGGGAGAGAAGCCAUUUGCCUGCACUUAUUGCGGGAGACGUUUCAGAGACCACACACGUCUGAUUAAGCAUGAGAGCAGGCACGCCAGCGUUUUACAGGAGCUAGACCAGCUUUGUCAGACAGAAAAUACAUAACCUAUGUGUAUAACUAUAUAUAUAUAUAUAUAUAUAUAUAUAUAUCUAUAUAUAUAUAUAUAUAUAAUGGAUAUGGGAUGCAGUUAAUAUACCGGCUGUCAUGAUCCCGGCUUACAGGAGACCGACGCUGGAAUCCCGACAGCCGGUGAAAUGCCGCCGGCAGGAAUCCUGACAAACACGGGGUAUUCCAACUCGGGGAGUGGGAAUAUAAUCUGUGGUGAGCCACUGAGCCUGUAGCGUAGCAAGGCAAGAGAAGCGGGCACACAAGGGGACUCGUUGCCGGGAUUCCGACAGAGGGAGGCCGCUGUCGGUAUACUGACAGCCGGCAUCCUGUCUGCCGGUAAAUCGUAUGUAUUCCAUAUAUAUGAUAUUUGUAUUUUAUUUCCACCAAUAGAGAUGAUCUUGGAAUAAUAUUGGCUAGACCUUUAAUUGCUAAA